UACAAUGCUUUGGCCCAGUACAUCAUUUUGCCCACUUCUUUGCCCCACUCCAAUCCGCUCUGUUCCGCCAAGAGAGAGGCGUCCUUGUCGACGAGUGAGCCAACCGAAAGCCACAACCAGAACCAACUCGUACAGACGGCGUGCGAGCCAGGCUGCACAACAGCCCAGCCCGGCAGCUGUGACAACCUCGGGCUGCCGAAAGGCUUCGUCCUAAUCUACAAUGAGAACGCGUCGACUGCUUACACCAGACUGGCGCUCUGUCAAGCCAUGACGUUAAGAGCUUGGAUGCCUCCUCGCUAUCGAGCCAUUCCUGAGGAAUCGGGUAAGCUCUUCUCGAUGGCUCAAUGGUUUCCAUUCACUGAGACUGUUCUAUGCUGGCACAGUUCAUAUAUUUCGUAA